AUGCUUAUCGACGGCGAGAAAUGGGCUUGCGAGGCCUGUGUUCGCGGCCAUCGCGUCAGCAACUGCCAACAUUCUGAUCGCCCUCUUCAGCACAUCAACAAGAAGGGCCGUCCCGUCUCUCAGUGCGGCCAUUGUCGCGCCAUGCGCAAGUCCAAGUCCUCCCACGUCAAGUGCGACUGCGGAGAGAAGACACACAAGUGCAUUCACUUGCAAGGUGUGGUCGAGGGCCACAAGGGUGAGCACGCCACUAACCCCAGGACCUUCAGCUCGAUCUUGUCUGUUUCUGACCACCUCGCUUCCUCGGCUACAGAAAGCUGCUGCUGUAACCACGGUGGUCGCUGCACCUGCUCUCACAAGAAGGACCAGCCGUCGCUCGAUCCCGUUCCGGAGUCGGAUUCGGAUCAAGAGCCGAGCGUCGCACCCAAGUCGGCCUGCGCCAAGAACCCGCUUGCGAGGAGACGAAGAGCCAACACCAUCCACUCGGACGGUGUCUUGUCCUUUGACGAGAACGGCCACCACAAGCCGACCUACAAGCACAACAAGGCCUCCCAGAAGACUGGUCCUUACCAGCUGAAUCGGGUCAAUUCGCUGCACAGCGCGAGCAGCCUGUCAAACCGCUCCGUUGAUAACCUCAUGAACGGUUCUAGCAAUGGCGACUCCGGCAGCACCAUUGAUAGCUCCAUCAGUAGCCACGUCCUGCACGGCAAGCGCAGGGUCAAGUCGGAAGCCGCUUCGCCCAUGAUGAACAGCAAUGCUGCCUUCUCGCAGCUCAACGGACAGCUCCCUCCCCUCGACCUGUCCAGCAUUGAGUAUCCCUCGUACAUCGCGGGUGGCUUCGACCUGUUCAACAACCUGUCAGAUCACGAGACAGGCCUCUUCAGUGCCGGUCUGAGUGCCACGUCGGUCGACUGGAGCCACUAUGAUCUCGAUUUCAACGCCAGCAAGACCGGCGACAACUUUGCCCCCUCCAGCUACAGCCAGCCGCCGAGCUUCGCUGGCUUUGACUUCAGCGGCUCCGAGCAGGCGCCCACUCUGACUACCAACACCUCUGGUGACGUCUCCGAGGUCGAAGACUUCCUAGGCCCCAGCCUGGACGAUUUCGACGCCAGCGGCGCAUUUGGCGCCAGCACCGCACCCAAUACGUUCUCUGUAGGCGGGCCACAAACCGGUCUCUUCAACAGCAACGAUCUCGGUCCCAUGGACUACGACGACCUCAAGAUCAUGAAGGUGGGCAACAAGUUCUUGCCCACCCCGGCCUCUCUUGCCGGCGACGAGCCCUCCCUGGGUGUCACCUCGGCUGGGGCCAACGGCUUCUCGUUUGUGGAAGACGACCCGGCUCUCUGGGUCAGUGACUACUCUGGCCUCCCAGCCAUGAGUGACAACACGGAAACAGGCAUGCUUCCCUUGUGGGAUCAACAAUGA